GCAUAAGCUUGGAAGUCGAAAAAAUCGGACAUGGCGCGGAAAAGCCUGUAUAUGAUGAAAGCACUUGUGCUCUAUCUGGAUCUCAUAACAUACCAAUCCGGAUCAAUCCAAUCAGCUCCUCUCUCCUCCUACUUGGUAUCUUCAUUUACAUCUCCUGAUUCUGACUUCAACCUACCAUUCAACCACAUCGCCAUCAACAACAUCACAGGGGAUAUUUAUAUAGGAGCACGAGAGAGACUCUACCAACUUGACUCCGACCUGAACCUCAAACAGACUGUGGAUACCGGAAAGUGUUCUCGUGGCAAUGAAGACUAUAUUAAUGAUAACAAACUCUUAGUAGUGGUGAUAACUCCUCAGCACUAUAAGCUGAUUUCAUGCGGUGGCUGUGGCAGUGAUUGCCAGCAAAUGAACUUGGCAAAUAUAUCCGUUGAUCUGGGAUAUUUACACAAUACCUAUUAUGUUGUAACAAGAGACCUACCAACUGUGGGAGUCGUGGCUCUUGGUGCCGAUUAUGAAUGGAAUGGAAUGGGAAAUCUAAAUGAAUCGUUUUACCUAUUUACUGGAAUCACUAGAAGAAAAUAUGCAUAUGUCGAUCUCAUAUCUAAGCGUAGUCUGUCAGACUUGCAAUCACAUCAAUAUAUACCUGGCCAUUACGUCAUGCCCAUCCAUUGUGAGAAUAAUUUUAAAAACCUUAUUUCACACAAUGAUUAUAUUUAUUAUUUCAUAUCAAGAUGUGAGGAAACUUAUUUAGGACGUAUUUGUCGUGAUUCACCCGACCGAGACUUUGAAUCGUACACGGAAAUAGAGCUGCAGUGUGGACAUGAUGGAUCUCAGAAUAUUAUUCAAUCAGCUUACAUUGGACCAGCAGGAUCCCAGUUAGCUGAAUCGAUGAACAUCAACACCACGGAUGACUUAUUGUAUGCAGUAUUCUCAUCUACACCUUCGUCUUCUCUUUGUGUUUAUAAAAUGAUCGAUGUCCAGCAGAGUUUCGAAGAUGCUAUCUUAGGUUGCAUUCUAGGAAGGAGCACUGGCACUGAGAAUAGCUUCUUUUCUGAAAGUAUAUGUCAGAAGGUCGUUCAUGGUCCCCUUGAUUAUCAUCUCCUGUAUAAACCGCUACUUCUCCUUCACUACAGUAUUCACACUCAUAUCUCCAUCAAAUCUAGCUCCAUGAUCAAAUGA